GUAAGACUCAAUGAGGACACAAUUGAUGUGAUCGGUGAAACGUUCGGUAUAUCAGAAAAAAAUCCGAUGAACACAUUCGCCGAUGUGGAAAUCAAGAAUUUGACACUGCUGAAUUUUGUGAACAAUCUUCGACAGCGGAAUCUUGUGCUCGACUAUCGUCUCUUAAGUAAUCCGGUAGUUGCAGCUGGUGCCAUCGAUAUGCUUGCUAAGGGCGAAAUCUCAUGGUAUUUAUAUGCAGUGACUUGUUUUCUUUGA